ACGAAUAAACUCUGCUGGUACUUCAUCUUCUCUUCUUUGCACAUUUUCUGCUUUAAUGCAGAGAUUUAAAUGUACAAUUUAGAUCAACCAGAAAGAUGAGUGACCAAAGUGGAGUAGAAGCAACUUCAUCUGUCAAUCAGUCAUCAGAUACAAACCGGACCAUGGACAGUUCGACUAACUGUGAUCACGUUGACUCCUCAGGCUACCCCUUUUUCAUGGUGGUCUACAGUCUGAUCUUUCUGGUGGGUUUACUCCUCAAUGGAUAUAUCAUGAAGUUUUACUUCUGCAGUGCUGGGCGGCAGGCAUCCAGUAGCAUUAGGGUCUACCUGAAGAACUUAUCAGCCGCUGAUUUCCUGCUCUGCCUCUGUCUCCCCAUCCGCAUCACAAACUACGCCGACAACUCCCCCACCAGCCGCCUGAUCAACUGUAACUUUGGCUCUGUUGUCCUCUUCCUCAACAUGAACGCCAGCAUCCUGUUCAUGGGCUACAUUGCUGCUAACAGGUAUCUGAAGAUUGUCCGAGGAACUUUAGAAACUCACAUCCUGCAGACCGCGCAGGCUGCCCGCAUCAUCUCCUCCUUCACCUGGGUUUUCCUCCUGGCCCUGUCGACUGCCUAUGUCGUCUUGUCAUUCGAAACGCAGAAAGCUUUGACCGCUGUCCCAGUGAACUGUGAAGCCUUACAUAGCCAAAAGCUCAUCGUGCUCUACAAAAUCCUACACACCUGUUCCACCGUCGGCUUCCUGUUUGUCCUUAUCUCCUUGGUCUUCUUCUACUACAGCACCUCCCACAGGGUGUUACAGGCGAAGCAGAGUGAGCCGGUGUCCUCCAGCUCCAAGAAGCUUGCAAAGUCACGCAGAACCAUGUUAGUGCUGGUCUGUGUCUUCUGCUUUUGCUUUGUUCCCUACCACCUGGUUCGUCUUCCCAGCGCUUUCCUGCAGAGGGACUGUUCAUGGAGCAAUGUUUUGUACCUCCUGAGGGAGGUGACUGUCAUAGUGUCAGUGCUCAACAUCUGCCUGGACCCACUCAUCUACUUCAUCUCCAGCAAAGCGCUCAGGAGGAAGCUUAGCCAGAGAGGGGUGUCUGGAAACCGAUAA